AUGGCUAGGAAGGGAAGUCGCAAGGUGCGGACUGGGUGCUUGACUUGCAAGAUACGCAAGAUCAAGUGUGACGAGGGCAAGCCUUUCUGCAACCGCUGUACCAGCACAGGUCGAAAGUGCGACGGAUAUGCAGUUGAACCAGCAUCGGUGCUUCGAUGGCAACGGCCUCAAACACUCCAGAUCGACUCAUCCACCAACGGUGAAGAAGCCAGGGCGUUACAGUACUACUGCGAACAUGUCGCACCCUUUAUCGCCGGCCCGACCGACCCUUAUUACUGGACCCAUCUGGUCGUGCAGUUCGUGAACCGCGAGCCUGCUGUUAAACACUCGGUCAUCGCCAUCGGGUUAUUAUACGGUAACAUGGAUGGCGGCACUAAUACCCAUCUAGACGGAGUGGCACUGAGCCAUUACAACGCCGCAAUUUUCGAACUCAACUCACUUCAAAACGACAACAACGGGCUAGUGCUGGUGCUGCCGUUAGACAUUGCAAUCACGGCCUUGCGAUGCUGGAAAGUUCGUGCUCAAAACCGGUUGUACGGGAUCACUUACUACCGAUAUUUCGACGGCUUAAUAUGCUUCCAUCGUUCCCAGGAACGAGCGACUUCAACAAUGCCGGUGCGAUGA